GAGAGGAGGAAGAGAGAUACAGCAGGAUCUCUGUAGGAUCAACCCAACUCCGGAGAACUGUUCACUACAGACUGCAAAGACAGAAAUGGCAGACGUUGCAACUGCUGCUGAAAAGAAGGCCCCCCCUAAAUUCAAGCAGAGGACUACCCGUACCUUCAAGAGCAAGGCCCCCAAGCCUGGCCAGAAGGGAUUCGGUGACGACAUCCCCGGCAUGGAGGGUCUCGGCACAGACAUCACAGUGGUCUGCCCAUGGGAAGCUUUCGGUGACAUGGAACUCAGUGACCUGGCGAAAUAUGGAAUUGUUUAGACGCCCUACCCCUCCUCCACCUUCCCUCGACCACCUCCUUCACUUCUCUUUCCUUCACUCCCCUUGACCACCCCCUUCACUUCUCUUUCCUUCACUCCCCUCGACCACCUCCUUCACUUCUCUUUCCUUCACUCCCCUUGACCACCCCCUUCACUUCUCUUUCCUUCACUCCCUCGACCACCUCCUUCACUUCUCUUUCCUUCACUCCCCUUGACCACCCCUUCACUUCUCUUUCCUUCACUCCCCUCAACCACCCCCUUCACUUCUCUUUCCUUCACUCCCCUCAACCACCCCCUUCACUUCUCUUUCCUUCACUCCCCUCUCUGGACCCUGUUUUGUUAUGCCAUCUUGUACAAGGCGCAUCCACUUUGACAUCAGCUCGGUGUUUAAGAGCCGGGCGUACUCGGGUGCACUACUGACCCUGAGAGCCGGGCGUACUCGGGAGCACUACCGACCC